UUAUCAUCUGGCAAUCGGUUUGUUGAAUUCUCAACAGAAACCCCAUCAAAUCCAUCAGACUGUGUAUAUCGAAUCAUUUUGGUAGCCGUCGAUAGUUAGACUCCACAUCAUGGAUCCUUGGACUCCAAGCUCUUGGACUUCAAAGCCCAUCAAGCAAGAUGUCAUUUACGAUGACGCCGAAGGUGUUCAAGCAUCUCUUGACAAGUUGCAGAAAUUGCCUCCUCUGGUGACCACACAAGAGAUCACCAAUCUGAAGAAGAACUUAAAAAAUGUGGCUCUGGGCAAGGCAUUUGUUCUCCAAGGAGGAGACUGUGCCGAGCUGUUUGACUACUGUACCCAAGAUAUGAUCGAAGCUAAAGUAAAGUUGCUCUUGCAGAUGAGCUUGGUUUUGAUUUGGGGUGCCAAUAAACCAGUCGUCCGUAUUGCACGGAUCGCAGGACAGUUUGCCAAGCCACGGUCGAGUCCUAUGGAAGUUGUCAACGGCGUUGAGAUGCCCUCGUUCCGUGGAGACAACAUCAAUGGCUUCGAUGCCACGCCUGAGUCUCGCAAUCCAGACCCGUCACGGCUAGUCUCCGCAUACUUCCAUUCUGCUGCGACACUCAAUUAUAUGCGUGCGUCACUAACCUCUGGCUUGGCCGAUCUGCAUUCCCCACUGGACUGGGGACUCGGCCAUGUCAUCACGCCAACCAUCAAAGAGGAAUACGAGCGCAUCGUCAACAGAGUCAAGGAUGCUCUGCGGUUCAUGCAAACUGUGGGGAUUGACACCGACCGUGGUGUAGAAACAGUCGACAUCUACACAAGCCACGAAGGUCUCCUACUCGAAUACGAGCAAAGCUUAACCCGCCUCUUGAAGAACCCAGCCACCGAAACUAGUCACCCGGCGCAAGCCCCAGGAGCAUUCACAGCUGCGGCGCCUCCUCAAAGUUACUUCGCUACAUCCGCCCACUUCCUCUGGAUUGGUGACCGCACCCGCCAGCUCGACGGCGCCCAUAUCGAGUUCUUCCGCGGCAUUACCAACCCCAUCGGCAUCAAGAUCGGUCCGAGCAUGAACCCAGACGAACUUGUACGCAUCCUCGAUGUCGUGAAUCCCACUCGCGAGAUCGGUAAAGUUACUCUUAUCUCCCGUUAUGGUGCACAGAAGAUCGCUCAGCACCUCCCCGGCCACAUUGCGGCUGUUCAGGCCUCCGGCCAUCUACCGGUCUGGCAGUGUGACCCCAUGCACGGCAACACGCAAUCCACGCCGUCUGGUGUCAAGACUCGCCAUUUCACCGACAUCCUUUCCGAAUUACGCCAAGCCUUAGAAAUCCACAGGGCUGCUGGCUCUUUCCUUGGUGGCAUGCAUCUCGAAUUAACUGGAGAGGCCGUCACGGAGUGUGUCGGUGGUGCUGGCGGUUUGACUGAGGAGAAUCUGAGCGAGCGGUACACAACAUUCUGUGAUCCACGGUUGAAUGAGAAACAGGCAUUGGAGUUGGCAUUUUUAGUGGCUGGGUUCUACCGCGAAAUGGACGAAGAGACAAACUCGAUCUAACGACAGGGUAUAUUUCGGAUAUGUCUUCUGCUUAAUUUACCUUUACAACCGCCUACAAUUCAAAAGAAACAAAAGGCACGAAUAAAAUGAUUAUGGGAACGAAG